GAUAGAAUUCAAGCAUUACGCUUUUGCCCUAUCAAGUUUUUGGCGCCGUUGCCGGGGACUGUCAUACCUUAUUUUUGUUGAUUUUUGUGAGUGAACUAUUUUGAUCUGGGUUUUAGUGUGCAGAAGAAUUUUCAGGUUUAUCCUCCUCGUGCAUGCCUAGGAGGACAACCAGGGAUUUAUUGCCACUAGACCCGGAGAUCGAGAAGACCUGCCGCCAGAACAGGAAGCAUGUCAAGUUAGGGAAGCAGCCAACCACAACUCCUAGGCCUUCCCUAACCCAUAAUCGUCAACAGAGAGGGCAUGCUUCAUCACCUGUCGUCCCUACACCAUCUACACCACCACCUCGUGACAUUGAGCCUGUCAUCAUGGCAGACGAGGAUCGUUCGAUCAGGGCUCGUUUGAAUCGACGGACGGGAGCCCGAGCUUCAUAUGUUGUCAUUCCGGCUGGGGAUGCAACCAUGGAGAUUACAUCAGCAUUUAUCAACAUGAUCACCAACGGGUAUAUUUUCUUGGGGGCUAGCACUGAGGAUUCUCACGAACAUCUUCGCCGGUUCGCGAGCAUAUGUGAUACAAUGAAGAGCCCAACUGUGUCUGAUGAUGCAAUUCGUCUUCGGAUGUUCUCAUUCUCUCUGAUAGGGAAUGCAUCACACUGGUUUCAGAACAUAACACCACAUUCCAUCACGACAUGGGCUCAGCUUGAGAAGGCCUUUCUGGAUAAGUACUUCCCACCUGCCUUGGCAAUGAAGAGGCAAGAGGAAAUUGUUACUUUUAAGCAGGCUGAUGAUGAGAGUCUGACUGAGUCAUGGGAGCGCUAUAAGGGGCUAUUGAUGAUAUGCCCAAGCAAUGGUCUUGAAGAUUGGAACGUGAUCAUUAUUUUCUUCAAUGGAAUCAGAAGGGAGUUCCGGGAUGCCCUGAAUAAUGCUUCUUGACUCACUUCUACUGUCACUCUAGGAAUUGGCCAAGUGUAACCACUUCCUAAAGCGUAGUAUAACGGGUUUGGGUUUUAAUGUCAACCCGGGUCCUAGAUUUGAUGACUACUCGGUGAAUUUCUUGAUAUCUAGCAAUGAAACUUUAAUGCAAGUCUAAACUAACAAGAAAGCAAAGCAACUAAACGGUUGUUUUCAGGUUAAGAGAGGUCACCCGGAUAUGGUUCCCCCUAGACUACAGUUAAGCCGGAUUGCAAUUACCAAGUUCAGUUUCUAUGAUAGUUAUACUGCGGAAGGUUCUUAAACAGCCUGAAGUCUCGACUAAAGGUCUUCAGACCCUCUCAAUCUGAGUCUCUAGCGGGUGACUAACCUCCACUGGAGUAAACAGAUUGAGGCCCUAACGAACAAAACCUCCACUACCGAAGUGAAUUCGGUACAGAAUAGUGAGUUGGCUCCUCGACUAAAGUCACCAACUCCCUACCUUCAAUCAAGGAUGCUCUAUCAACCUAGGCAUAUAUUCUCAUUCUAGGUUAAAGCAGAAACAACAGGAAUUUGAUCAGGAUUCAUGCCAUUCAAUUAUUCAAACCUCAAUUGAAUAUAAUCAAAUCAUAGAAUCAGU